GCUGCGGCCGCGGAGCUGGGCGAACGGUACCGAGGUGGCGGAGGUGGUGGCUCGGGGCGGGGCGGGCGGAAAGAGGAAGAAGGAGCUAGUGGUGCACGAUGGCGGCGACGACCUACGAGCGGCUGAAGCUGCACGUCACACCUGAAAAAUUUUAUGUGGAAGCCUGUGAUGACGGAGCGGACGACGUACUUGUCAUUGACCGUGUGUCCACGGAAGUUACCCUGUCAGUCAAGAAAGAUGUUCCUCCUUCAGCUGUUACAAGACCAAUAUUUGGUAUACUGGGCACAAUCCAUCUGGUGGCAGGUAACUAUCUAAUCGUUAUUACCAAAAAGACAAAAAUAGGGGAAUUUUUCAAUCAUGUCAUCUGGAAAGCAACAGAUUUUGACAUCCUUUCUUAUAAGAAGACGAUGUUGCACUUAACUGAUAUUCAGUUACAAGAUAAUAAAACUUUCCUAGCGAUGAUAAACCACGUCCUGAAUGUGGAUGGGUUUUACUUCUCAACGACGUAUGAUUUGACCCAUACUUUGCAGCGGCUGUCUAACACUAGUCCGGAAUUCCAAGAAAUGAGUCUUUUGGAAAGGGCAGAUCAGCGGUUUGUAUGGAAUGGUCAUCUUCUAAGAGAACUUUCUGCCCAGCCAGAGGUCCAUCGGUUCGCGCUUCCAGUGUUGCACGGCUUUAUUACUAUGCACUCGUGUUCUAUUAAUGGAAAAUACUUUGACUGGAUUCUCAUCUCGAGGAGGAGUUGUUUCAGAGCCGGUGUGCGCUAUUACGUAAGAGGAAUUGAUUCUGAAGGCCACGCCGCUAACUUUGUAGAAACAGAACAGAUUGUGCACUACAACGGGAGCAGGGCCUCAUUUGUACAGACUCGUGGAUCAAUACCCGUUUUCUGGUCUCAAAGACCAAACCUCAAGUACAAACCACGGCCGCUAAUCAACAAAGUAGCAAAUCACAUGGAUGGUUUCCAAAGGCAUUUUGAUUCACAAGUAAUUAUUUAUGGAAAACAAGUAAUAAUCAAUCUGGUGAAUCAGAAGGGCUCAGAAAAACCACUUGAACAGGCGUUUGCAACAAUGGUGUCUUCCUUGGGCAGUGGAAUGAUCAGAUACGUUGCCUUUGACUUCCAUAAAGAAUGUAAAAAUAUGAGAUGGGAUCGACUAAGUAUUCUCGUGGAUCAGGUAGCAGAAAUUCAAGAUGAACUAAGUUAUUUUCUAGUGGAUGCGGCCGGCAUGGUGGUGACGAGCCAGGAGGGCGUGUUCCGCAGCAACUGCAUGGACUGUCUGGACAGAACCAAUGUGAUCCAGAGCCUUCUGGCUCGCCGCUCGCUGCAGGCCCAGCUCCAGAGACUAGGAGUUCUGCAUGUGGGACAGAAGCUUGAAGAACAAAAUGAAUUUGAGAAGAUUUAUAAAAACGCCUGGGCUGACAACGCAAAUGCUUGUGCCAAGCAGUACGCAGGCACCGGUGCCUUGAAGACGGACUUCACCAGAACCGGGAAGAGAACCCAGCUGGGACUUCUGAUGGACGGCUGGAACUCCCUGAUACGGUAUUACAAGAACAACUUCUCGGAUGGCUUUAGGCAGGAUUCCAUAGACUUAUUUCUUGGGAACUACUCAGUGGAUGAAUUAGAAUCUCAUAGUCCUUUAAGUGUUCCACGGGAUUUGAAAUUCCUGGCCUUGCCUAUUAUCAUGGUUGUUGCCUUCUCCAUGUGCAUUAUCUGUUUGCUGAUGGCCGGUGACACUUGGACAGAAACACUGGCCUACGUGCUCUUCUGGGGAGUUGCAAGCAUUGGAACAUUUUUCAUUAUUCUUUAUAACGGCAAGGAUUUUGUCGAUGCUCCCAGAUUGGUCCAGAAAGAAAAGAUGGACUGAAUUUGUGUCUGUGGAAAGCGGCUUGGCUUGGAAGAUUCCAUGAUGCAGAACUGGAGUCUUUACUGACCCGCUUUCCACGUGGGCCCAAGGUCUUUCGAAAGCCUUUCUCCAGAAGCCUGCCCUGUGCUCCGUUUGAGGGGAGGACCUACGAUUGGCCCAAAGUUCCUGCCUUGACCAUCUCUUCACUACUGGGACGGCUCUACUUAUAAUUGGAAGCUCUUCUGUAAUUAAAAGGUAACCUGAAUCCAGCUCCUGGAGCGGAAGGAAUCUGUUCUUUGUCGAUUUAAUCAACUCUUGCAGAAUAAGUAAUAUAUUUAAGAGAUCUAGCUUCUUUCCGUAUUUAAAAUAGUAAAAUUA